UCGAAAUUAGCGGGUUUAUAGGUACACGUGUGCUUUUCACUGCAUAGAGAAGUAAAUUGGUGGUGUAGUGCAGGAAAGAUAUAAGAAGGACAAUGGUUCUGCCAGUUUACACGCCAGCUCUUCACCGGAACAAUAACAUGCCAAGAAAUGAAUUGAUAAGUAGAUAUUUUGCUCAAGGCUACACAAACAAGGAAAUUUUUCAAGUUCUAAUGGCAGUACAUAAAAUAUCCAUAAGUAUUUCGCAAAUCAAACGUAUUUUGAGAAGUCUUGAUUUAAAACGCCGCAAAGUAAAUCUUCCGCUCCCUGACAUUAUUGGUGCGAUCUACAAGAUAAUAGAAAACAGUGGACAAUGUCUAGGUUACCGUGCCGUUUGGAAAAGGUUAACUACUGAAUUUGGUUUUUUUAUUCCACGGAAAAGUGUAAUGGAACUUUUGCGUAUGAUAGAUCCGGACGGUGUAACAAGAAGAAGAAAGAGGUGGUUAAUAAGGCGUCGAUACACGACACCUGGACCUAACUUUGUGUGGCAUAUUGAUGGUUACGACAAGCUCAAACCUUUUGGGUUUCCAAUACAUGGUGCAAUUGAUGGGUUCUCAAGACGAAUUCUGUGGCUUGAGGUCGGUCCAAGUAACAACAAUCCACAAAUAAUUGCGCGAUAUUUUUUGGAUACUGUUGAACAAUUAGGAGGCUGUCCCCAAAGGUGCAGGUGCGAUUUAGGUACAGAAAACACAGUGAUAGAGAAAAUACAAGUACUUUUUCAUGCUCUGAGUAAUAAUGAAAUUGUAAGAAAUUGUUUCUUAUAUGGGAAGAGUACUUCGAACCAAAGAAUCGAAGCCUGGUGGAGUAUAUUACGUCGACAAAAUGCCGAUUGGUGGAUCAACUUUUUUAAAGAUUUACGCCAAAGCAACUUAUUCAAUGAUGCAGAUCCAUUGCACGUAGAAUGUAUAAGGUAUUGUUUUAUGGACGUUCUUCAAAAAGAACUUAACCAAGUCGUAAUUCAAUGGAAUCAACAUACAAUGCAAGUGAAAAAGAAUAACGAGAGUCCAGGAGGAAAGCCGGACAUUUUGUUUUUUGUACCCGAUUCGUGUGGUACCCGCGAUUAUAUUGUUAAUUGCGAUCAAAAUGACAUUUUAUAUUGUCAACAGGCAUAUGGAGAAAGUCGACCUAUCCAUGGUUGCUCAGAAGAAUUUAUUUCACUUGUAAACCUUAUCUUGCCGAACCACGACAGACCUUCAGAUGUCAACGAAGCUGCAGAUCUUUAUGGUCAAUUGAUUUUCCAGUUAAGCCUUUACGAUAAAUAAAUCGUUCUUAGCAUAUAGCGUAGCUAACUUGUGACAUUUUGUUAUUUUUCAAUAUUAUCCAAUUACAUGUUAUGCUUUUCUGCUUUAUUCAGAACA